CUCCUAACCCGUGGAGUGGAGCUUCAGUCAUUCCUCAGUUAAGGUUAGAAUAAAGUAAAUAAAGUGAAUGAUGUCUCCAGACUUGGAGCAGAGCGGUGUUUCUCUCCCUGUUUCUGGAAUACUGAUAGCAGUGGUGUCGAGUUUCAUCAAUGGCUCCACCUUUGUGCUGCAGAAGAAGGGGAUAUUACGCUCCAGAGACAGAGGAGGGUCGUACCUUACAGAUGUGGUGUGGUGGGGGGGCACUCUGGCCAUGAUUGUUGGUCAGAUUGGGAAUUUCCUGGCGUAUAACGUGGCCCCCGCUGUGAUCGUCACACCACUGGGAGCCCUGGGAGUGUUGUUUGGGGCUGUGCUGGCCUCGUGGAUCCUGCAGGAGCAUCUCAAUAUCCUGGGGAAGCUGGGCUGUGUUUUAUGCUGCUGUGGCUCCGUGGUGCUCAUCAUCCACGCCCCUAAAGCCGAGACUGUGACCUCCAGAGAGCAGCUGGAGGAGAGGCUGGCCGACCCAGUGUUUGUGAGCUACGCCCUCCUGGUGGUGCUGCUGCUGCUCGUCCUCAUCCUGUUUGUCGCUCCGGCUCACGGCUCCUCCAACAUGCUGGUGUACGUCUCCAUAUGCUCCCUGCUGGGCAGCUUCACCGUGCCCUGCAGCAAGGGCCUCGGCCUGGUGGCGGGGGAGGUGUUUGGGUCAGACGGGGGCCGCGCUCUGCCUCUCUUCCUCUUCCUGCUGUGCACGCUCGCCGUCAGCAUCCUCCUGCAGUUCCUCUACAUCAACAGGGCCCUGCAGAGCUUCAGCUCCAACGUGUUUGAAGCCGUGUACUACGUGGCGUUCACUUGCUCCGUGAUCGUGGCGUCCGCCCUGCUGUUUAAGGAGUGGACGGCUCUGACGGCCACACACAGCCUGGCCCUGCUCUGCGCUCUCACCACGGUGUGUGUCGGUGUCGCUCUGCUGCGUAUCUCACAGGAAGCAGAGGUCACCUGGAAGAAGAAGACGGACUGAUGGAGAUGAUCCACCCAACUCAAACUACCUUCACAUUUAACUUGAAUCUUUUGCAGUUUCUUUUGAAACAGUUCUCAGUUACUGUGUAACCUUUCAUAAAUUAAAGAGGCCCUAUUAUGCUUUUUAGGCAUUUAAGCAUGGAGACAUGUCCAAGGAGAGACACUACAUACUGAUAUACACCUGAACAUCAGCAGGAGAGGACUCUUUAAAGUAGAGACACUACAUACUGAUAUACACCUGAACAUCAGCAGGAGAGGACUCUUUAAAGUAGAGACACUACAUACUGAUAUACACCUGAACAUCAGCAGGAGAGGACUCUUUAAAGUAGAGACACUACAUACUGAUAUACACCUGAACAUCAGCA